AUGAUAUGGAUGCUGUUUUUAAUUGCUGCCCUAAUUCCUAUACAACAAUCUCUGGAAUACGAUAACAUAGACAUAUUGACAAACUACGAUGUACAGUUUGCACAACUCGCAGAUAACCAAGCAACCCCAAAGAAGAAGCAAGGUUUCAGUGCUGGAAGCAGUUUGAGGAGUAUAGCAGAAGGUUCUUCAAACGCCGCUGACGAUGCCGUCAAUAAUCAAGACGCUGCUGGGCAUCAAGCAGCUUAUGUUGCCAAAAACACACUUGCUCAAUCUGCAGCAGCAGCACAAAGAGCAGCUGACCAAACGAACAGGGCAGCACAAGAAGCAAGAACACAUGUACAAGUCCUUCAGAACACGCUAAAUGCCGCUCAAGCUGCAGCAGAUCACGUAACCCAAGCCGCGAAUGAGGCCGCCGGGGAGUUAGCUGCUCAGCAAGCUAUGGUUGGGUCUGCGAUGGACCGAUUAGAAAAUAUAGGAAAACAACUAGCAGCCGUAAGGAUCGACUUUGAAGCCACAAGGUCUGCAGCAAUGAAAGCUCAAGCCGCGGCCCAGGCAGCUGCAGCUAAUGCAGCGGCAGCGGCUGCGGCUGCCGCAGCAGGACUAGCCAAGAACGCCGGAAAACAACCUCUUCCUCCUCCCCCACCACCACCACCAAAGACAGAUAACGGUGGGGGUGGUAAAAAGGGCGGUGGAAGCGGAGGUUCUGGAGGAAAUGGUGGUAAAUCUUCUAAAUAUAGUGCAGAUGCUGAUUACGAUCAAAAUUCUUUUUAUCACCCUUUAUUCUAUGGAGAAAGUUAA